AUGCUCUCCCCUCACCGCCGCCUCCUCCUCUCCAAGCUCGUACACCUCGCUCCCGACCUCGGAUUCGCCCCUAAUUUCCGCUCCCGCCUCUGUAACUCGCACCCCGAUCGUUUCCGCAUUGUCGACACCUCCUACGGCCGCGCUCUUGAACUCGUCUCCUGGGAUUCCUCCCUUGCCGUUCCCUUCCCUCCGGUUACCAAUUGCGCUGAUGAUGAUUUCAAGGACCGGCCCAUCAUCGACCGCCCACCCAAGUUCAAGCUCUUGAAGCUCCGACGGGGACUGAACUUGAAGCGUCCGCACCGGGACUUUUUGAUCCGGUUGCAAGAGCUUCCGGACGUAUCACCAUAUUUGGACCAGCAGCAGCGGCAGCGGGUAAUGACGCCGGAGGAGGCGGAGAAGCAGGCGUGCGCUGUGGUCAGGGAGGUGCUGGCGAUGACGACGGAGAAGCGGACGCUGGUCGACCAUUUGACGCAUUUCCGCAGGGAUUUCGGGCUUCCCAACAGGCUGCACGCGAUGUUGGUGAGGCACCCGGAGAUGUUCUACGUGAGUAUCAAGGGGGCGAGGGACUCUGUGUUCCUCGUUGAAGCUUAUGAUGAGAAGGGGAAGCUGCUUGUGGAGGAUGAGUUGAAGUCUGCCAAAAAGAAGCUUGUGGAGCUUGUCAACGAGGGGAAGAGGAUGAGGCGUGAGUGGAAGAGAGGGUAUGGUUAUGGCGAUGGUGCUGAAGAUGAGAGUGAUGGUGGUGAUGGUGAUUUGGAGGAUGUGGAUGACGAUGAUGAAGAUGAAGAUAAUGUUCUUCAAGACUUGUUUGAGUCUGGAAUUGGAGAUGAUUGGAAGGAAAUUUGUGGCGGUGAUGAUCAUUUUGAGGAUGAGUUGAAAGAGGUUGAUGAGUUCUGGAUUAGAAAAGCUCUUGAUGAAAGCACUAGACAAGGGGAAGAAUUGCUGGAAGUUUGGUGA